AUGUCUCUUCCAAACCGAGUUAGCAAGUACAGAGAUUUCUUGCCAAAGUCGCCGGGGCAUUCAGAUAAUUACUACGGCUCGGCGCCGCUGUGGAGCCAGUCAUCCUGCGAAAAAUCUCAAGAUACUCAGACCUGCCCACCUCGAUUUUACACGAGAAAUCCGUCAAUAGAGCGAAGGAAUUAUGGAAGUCAGGGUUUCUCCAUUGGAGAAAGCUCACAACUUGCAUCUGCUCCAAAGGGCAGAAAAGUCAGCGAAGCUGGUCGACCAAGAUCCUUGCCUAGUACCCAGCAACUUAUAAAUGGCAAGCUUGCUUUUACUGCAUCACAAUUUACUCCAAAGAAAGACGCUCCCAAGAAAAAAGACCUCCGUAUCGACAGCUGGACACAGAUGACACCAAAGUCCAGCAAGCCGAAAGCACAGGAGUCAAAGAAGACAGUGAAAGAUGCAGCGACGGAGAUGACACCAAAGAAGAAAGAGGCCAGCGUUCCAACUAGGAAAGAGGGUGAUGUUCCAGAGAAGAUUAAAAUCAAGGAAGAACCGUGGCCGACACCACCACCACAGGCUUCUAGAGCGACUCAAUGGACACCCAAGUCGGCCGGUUUGCAGCUGAAUUCUCUCCAACGAACCCCUAUCAGAAAGAAGAAAGUAAGCGAGUACUUCGAAGAAGCAAAGAAAAACUUCGGGGAAGAGGGAAGUAGCUUUUCGAUGGAUUUCAGCGAGUCGCCAGGAGGAACGUUCAGAGUUCACUUCGAAAAGAAACAGAAAGCGACGAUCUUGGAAAGCGAAAAGAACGGGAAGAUCAAGUCGAUCAUGAAGCGAAGCAUCAAGAAAAAACGAGUCAGCUUCAAUUCUCAAACUGAGCUCAUCUAUUAA